AUGAGUAGUGAGCAGGUUGCCCAUCGCAUCUUUGGUACAUUGAACCUCUCAAUUAGCUGUGGAAAGCAUAGAAAGAGAGUGCAAGAGGGGUUCGCAGAAGAUCCUGCAUCGAAGUUAAGCAGACCACUGCCCGAGUUGGAUAUUCCUCCCAUAAAGGAUGGUUUCCGCGGUUUUCAGCCGCAUGAUUUGGAAAAAGGGAUGAAACAGGCAGGAUCGAGCGAUUCGAAGCAAUUAAAAUCUGAUGGUGUCGUAAUGGGCGGAGCAUGGCCAGGGCAGGCGUUCUCCCUCAAAGUGAAGGAGGUCUUGUUUCAUGAGAAAAGCGAAUAUCAAGAUGUUCUGCGAAUCUUAUGGGAAUGUUUGGUACUGGACGGUAUAAUACAAGCUACAGAGCGGGAUGAGUUUUCUUAUCAAGAAAUGCUCGCUCAUCUGCCAAUGUUUGCGCAUCCAAACCCAAAGAAAGGUUCUAUAAUAUGGAGAGGUGACGGUGCGUAUUUGAGAGAGGCUUCUGAGGCAUCCCGAAGUCGAGCAGCUUCCUACCUGGAAUGUCUUGCUGCUUCUCUAAUCCUAAGCUGA